AUGCAGGCUCAGACGACGAGGAACGCAAUACAAUCCAUAUCCGCUACCCAAAGCAUAUCCUCCGUUCAGACUCUCCUCAGAGCAGGUUUGAGCUGCAUCGCUUUUUUGAGAAAUCUUUUACCAGAAGACAACUUUUCCGAAAGCUACUUCACAACCGCCGAUGACUCUUAUGGCGCGCUCUCCGUCUCAAGCGAUGCUACAGAUGACGGGAGGAAAAUUAACGGAUUUAGAAUCAUGACCAUGACUCGUGGAUAUACAGAUGAAGCGGACAGAAUUCUAAAUUACUUGGAGUACGGCAUCUUUGAUGCCUUGCAAAAACAAUACCUUCGUAGUUUUAUAUUUGCCAUUUACCUGGAUAACAAGGAACCAAACAACAUCAUUGAGGCAUACACCUUCAAUUUCAAGUAUCAUACUCUGCCAGGAACCGACACUGUAAUUCCUAUCAUGAGCUUUGAAGAAGGUGCACGGAGAUCGUCAACGGAACCAUUCGUCGAUCCAGUCGCGGAAGCGGUUAAACGAGGAAAGACUCCUACUCUUAAAGAUGUCAAGAGAAGUGUGAAGACUUUAUUGAAGACACUUAUUCAUGCAAUGACCCACAUGGACGUCUUACCAAGACGCCGUUUCGCAACUUUCAAAGUGUGUUACACAGACGAAACGCCUGCCAACUAUGAACCGCCGCAUUUCCAAGCUGGGGACUCUGAGAAAGAUAAGUGGUUCUUCAUGACUCACGACCUCGACGAGAUCCCCGAAAAGUGCUCUAUUGGGAAGAUCCAGACCGGUCACCACUCUGUUAAUCUCAGCGUCACCUCGAUAGCAACCUACCUUCCUUCAUCCACCGAGCACGAUCAUGGAAUUUUUGCAGGGACAACCGUUCGAGGAUCAACCGUUCCUACUCUUACGCCACUAGAGGAAGCCAGCUUCUGUGCCCAUCAAGCGGAGAAGCAAAGAGAAGAUGCGGACAAUAGGAAUGUCGUGUGGUCAGCCGAUGCCGACUUGGAACUCCAUGAUGAAGACGCAGAAGGCGAAGACGAUCCUGAAUACAUCAGAGGUCCCGAUGGUCGUUAUAAGGCAAUCGGUUUAGAGCGCGAAUCGCAGCAAAUCGCUCCCAUUGGUAUUAGAAAUAAGGAAGGCGACAUCGAAAAGCUACCUUUUGCCCCAGAUGGAGAAGCACAGUUUGUGGGAUUCUGUGAAAAUGUCCCCACUCGUUUGAAAGAAAUAAACGCGAAGAUCGCACUAGAGACUACGGGGUUUGAGGAGACCCAACCUCUCAUUUUUCAAGAACCUUCUUUGUCUCACGUAGGAGAAACACCUAUUUGCGAGGACGAUAGUGGCCCAGAUGCUAUCCCCCCCCCCGAUAUUAAUAUUGAGACGACCUCCGCACCUCCCCGCCCAGUUGACCUCGGCAGUUAUUUUGAACACUUGUGCAUUGACGGCUCUAGGGCGCCAAGUGAUGUCCAGAUGUUAGACAUGGAAAUUCAGCAACCUGGAUCUCCAAUGGUUGAAUCGAUCCAGUCAUUCGAAUAUAUCAAAGCAACGGAUGGUAUGACUGCUGAGUUGGUAACCCAAGGAGGAGAGAAUAAUCAAGACGCCAUAGUCGAUGAAGUUCUAGAUUGUGAUUGUGGUGUCAUGAUAGAGGAUGAAAGCUGCUUUUGCGAGGGGGGUUGCGCUAGAUGGUUUCAUGUUUGGUGUAUGGGAUACAACUCCGCUCAAGACCCCCGCAUGCCCUCCAAAUUUAUCUGCUUCGAUUGUCGACUCCGCAAAGAUUUAUCAUGGGAACUUAUCAAAGUCGAUCUCUACCCCAAACUUAUGGGUAGAUUCAAGGACCUGGCGCUAUUUAGACGAGCUCUCAAAGUCGCAGAUAGCCGUAAGCCUCAAUAUUUCGCGGAUUUUGUGAAAUCCUUUGGUCAGAUAUCUAUCCCAAGCUUCAGGGGCGGGAUUAAUUUUACCGAUAUAGGCGGCGAGAAUUCACUUGCUCGGCAACUUAUCAAACGGCUAGAAUCUGAGGGCUUUCUAUUUCAACAGAUGACGACGGUUGAUAACCUCGGACUAACGACAGAGAUCCAUACGAGGAGCGUCAAGAACAAAGGGAAAGGAAAACAGAAACAGCCCAAGCAACGAAAACCCAACAUUCAAAAGCCUCGUUACGCUUUCAAUCAUUCGAUGAAAGCUAAGUCUACCUACUUGGACUACUUCAAUCCAGAUCAAGAAGUUGAAAACCGUAUACUUGGUGUGGCCAAACUGACUGGGCUCAUGUCCAUAGACAACCAACCACUCCACACGGGCUUUGUAGGACCAGCCUCGCAGGCUUUUUCUGGGCUCGAGCGAGCCAACGAGACUCAAACGCAAGAGACAACAGAGAUCCCCGAAUUCCCAGUUGAACAAGUUCGACACAAACGUGGUAGUGAUCUGUUGACAGAACCUGACAUUCUGACGAGACCGACGAAAAAACUCAAAAUAUCAGUUGCUGUUGGUAUUGACUUAGCAGAGUGA